AGCUCUUUUGCAAGAAUGCGCGCCUAUCAACACUCGCUAUCUCCGACGGAUAUUAGCUCAUGCAGCCGGCCUGGGCCGAAACUUUGGCGGCGAGGUGCCCAGGGGCCAAACGCCGCUUGGGGAGGAGCACUAACUUAUCUCCGCGGGAAGAAGCGCGGCCUCGUCUUUCCCGGCUCACCUGUUGCAAGGCGAGAGGGCGCAGUCCCCGCGCGCGAGCGAGCCAAGUUCCUGAGGGGAAAGGGAGGCGAGCCAGAAACUCCCGCCCAGCUUCAAGGCAGGUGGCGGCUCAGUCGCGGCCACUCGGGGGAAGGGAGGAGGAGGAGGGAGGAAGGCCCGGCUAGCUGGCUGGCUGGCUGGGCGGGAGGCGGCGCUGCCUCCGCGGAAGCGCGUCCGAGAGGAGAGCCGGCCUCAGUGCGCUGCCGGCCAGGCUGCGGCGCGCAGCGACCACGGGACGUGUCCGCCGCCGAGCUCCGGCCGGGCGGGUCUCCAUGCGGUGGCGGCAGGGACGCCCGGGCCCCCCUGCUGCUGCUGCUGCACGGAGGGCGCGCCACGGGAACUAGCAGCAUGAGCAGCGGCUACAGCAGCUGGGAAGAGUCCGAGUCGGAGGAGUUCUUCUUCACCGCCCGCACCUCCUUCUUCAGGAGCUGCCCCGCCAAAGCCAAGCCGAGUCUGCAAGAUGUUCAGAAAGAGCGAGAAGCUCACACAUAUCUUACCAAAGAAGCAAUCAAGGAAAAAGUCCAGACGUACAAUUCAGAUGUCACUGACAAGCUAAAGAUGACAUUGCACUCCAGCGGAGUAUACACCGGCUUCAUCAAAGUUCAGAUGGAACUGUGCAGACCCAUCACGGUACGGGCUCCUGCGAGUCCCGGGAAGCAUGUCAACAACAACUCGGAGACAGCUUUUUGCUUGCCUAACGGCUACACAAAUACCCUUCACAUCAGCAGCACUAACACUGUUCGUGAAGUUAUUGAAGCUUUGCUCAAGAAGUUCAUGGUGGCUGAUAACCCUGCCAAGUUUGCGCUUUAUAAACGUUGUCACAAGGAGGAUCAAGUGUAUAUGUGCAAGCUCUCAGAAAUUGAACAUCCCCUUUAUUUGCGGUUGGUGGCAGGCCCAAGGACAGACAUGCUGAGUUUUGUUCUGCGUGAGCAUGAAACUGGAGAGUUUUUGUGGGAAGCCUUUAGUGUUCCUGAACUACAGAACUUCUUGCGUAUACUGGACAAGGAAGAAGAUGAGCAGCUGCAAAUCUUACAAAGACGCUAUGCAGCAUACAGAGACAAACUUGAAGAAGCCCUUGGUGGAGUCUGGAAACCAGGUUAAAAUGGGGCCAAAGAACACUCGGGGAAAAUACAAAUCGCCAAAUAUUGCAUAGCAUGCCAACCCCCAGAGCAAGAGCAAGAGUACCUGUGUCAUUAAAACAUAUGACCUUUUUUUGUUAUCAAAGAGGCGGUUCUGUAAAUUUGACAUACUUUUACAUCUUGCAGGUAGCAGCAAAGGGAAUUUGCAAUAUUUGCAGACCUGUGUUGUGUGUGUACUUCACGAGUCUUUUCAAGAUCGCAUCAUGCUAACUGUGAUUGUAUGAUGAAUCUGUUCUCAAAGACCCCGUGAAACACGAGACAUUAUGUGCUUUAAUUAUAAUUUGUAGCUUUUAAAACUUAAAGGGGUGUGCAAGUUAGAUUUUAUUAUAAAUCUCAGCUCAGUUUAGAAUAAGGAUUAUCACACUAUUGGAUACCAAAAUUGAUUUUUGCACUACCUUUCUUCUGAUAUUUUUGAAAUACAUAUUAUUUUUAUUUGUAGAAGGGAUGAAUAGGUGUGUCCCAAAUGUUAUGCAGAAGGUGUUGAAGUAGUCUGAGCUGGAGAAGGUAGAGAGGAAGUAGAAAAGAAGGUGAGAGAGGAGAGAAGUGAGAAUGUUGGAACUGGAGAAAAGUUGGUUAGUGUGUUGUAAAGACGGUUGAGUGUUUAUGCUGAUUAGUAUUACUGAAAUUAAUAUAUUCAGAUGCUAUUAUUGAGAGAGAAUUUACUAAAUAUAGUAAAAGCUGAAUUGCAUAGAGGCUGUGUGCAACCAACAACACACAGUCUUGCAUGUGCUGUUAAAAUGCACUCAGAUUCUUGGUUGAGGUUUUCAUGAGUAAAAACAGCUUUUAAGGAAUUAAUCCACAACUGUUGCAAUGCUGAAAGGUGCCGUUGCCUUGAUCUCACCACAAAACUUUGUACCUUUGCGUAGAAAGAGGCAAAAUAGUGCCAUUCUCCUGGUUUUAUUUAAAAACUCAAGGAAGAAAGAAAAUCUUUCUGAAUUAAGUAGGCUAGGAGGGAAAGUAGCUUUGCGCUGUGAGAAACUUGAGCUAUCUCUGGUUUGGUUUCUGUGUUUAAACUAUACAAGUUUUGAAAAACUGGCUAGGAUUCUGUAUGCUGCUGAACCAUGGUAAAUAAUUGGAAGAGGAAGAAUUUUGUGUUUUGACUGUAACUGCAUUUCACCCCAGAACUAUUUUUAUCUAAAGUAUGUAAGGUGUAAAUGAAAUCAAAGAAAUGGGUGUGCAAUUCAAACCUUUAUAUAAAUGUAUCAAAAGACUUUCAAGUUUAUAUUUGCGGCCACCCAGGGGGGAAAAAGAUAUUGGUUUGGAGUAAUAAUUUAUAUAAUUUAAGGAAUCGUGAGCAGCAACCAUCCCCCCUCCUUUGAGUUAUUUGGGCAUUAAUUUUGAAAUUUCUGAGUAAUAUCUGCCAGUUGCUGACACCUGGUGGGGAUUAUAUGCAACUCCAAGACAUAUGUUCUCUUGGGAAAGUGUGCCUUUUAUUGUUUUUAAAACUUUGGCUGCUUAUUCCCCUCAAAAUAUUGAGGUUUGAGGGAGAGGUUCUAAUCUCAGACUUGCCAAGACAAUCUUGAUAUAUUAAAUGGCUAGCAAUAACUUAAAAGUAGAAUUAGGUAUCAAUCAAAGGCAUAUCUUGUUGGAGUUUUUAUUAUUAUUUCAUGUGUAAUACUGUAGUGCUUUGUGUGUGUCUUACUGUUUUUUACCGGAGACCUAAUCAAGAGUCACAUAGGGUAGUGGGUGCAGGUUAUGCGUUGAACAUCAGUUUUGGAAUUAUUUUUCUACAAAGGCUAUGUGUCACAUUAUUGGAAAGGUUUAGGUGUUAACUGCUUCUAUGUGCCAGCCACCCAGAAGCCUUUGCCCUUUGUUGAGGGAAGUGUUAACAUUUAAAUGCUUCUUAUGGCACACAUGUUGGCCAGUUGUGUGCAAGGGUAUAUACCCCGCCAGGGACACACCAUUAACUGGCAGAGUGUGUACACUUUGCACACAGUGGCGCCAUCCUCUUAGCAAGACGCAUCAAACAUGGCUUCUGCAUAAAGCAUUGUCACAGAAAGAGAUUUUUCACUAGAGCAGAGCCGAAAGUUAAUCACUAAGCCCUUUCUGCCAAAAUUAGGGGUGCAGAGGGUAGCGCCACCCCGCAAAAAACAACAAUGGCGCUGACCGUCCCCACUGACUUUUUUUGCUCCUUCCACUGCAUUUCCCUUUAUUUUUCCCAUUUCUGAGUGCUGUUGCUUUGUUUCAAAAUGGCAGCUUUUUUUUUUACAGCGGUUCUCAACCUGUGGGUCCCCAGAUGUUGUUGGACUACAACUCCCAUCAUCCCUGAGCUCUGGCCUUGCUAGCUAGGGGUGAUGGGAGUUGUAGUUCAACCUCUGGGGACCCACAGGUUGGGAAAGGCUCCAUCUGUCUUGAAGCCAGAUCGGAGUGAAGGCAGGAGGGCCCUGCUUCCUGCUUCCACUCUGGUUGUCUUCCUGGGUUAAGAAGUCAGUGGAGUAAGGGAAGAAAGCUCCAUUUCCCACCCCCGUUUUGGCCUCAGAAUGGACACCAUCAGAGCUAGGAAGCAGAAUAUCCUGUAUGCAGUGGAAGAAAUGCCAUCGGCAAGUCAGGAGAAAACCCCACCCUUGUUUGUGUUCGUAUUCUCAUGUGCACAGUUCCAAAAUGGCUGCCCAACUUGGAUGUGGUAAACUGGGGAAGAGGAGUGCAUUUUGGCUUAGCUCUUUGCUCAUGCCUUGAUUCCGGGAGCAGCUGAAUUCUAAACUGGCCUUCGGAGUCACUUAAUUAUAUUGAAACUCAUAAAAAGUUGAUGUUUGGAAUUUUAAUAUUAAUCAGGUUGCGCGAAAUUUAAAUACUGUAUUUCAGUCUAGAAAUGACAAUCUACAAGUAUGUGAAUCUUAAUUAUUAUUAUUUUUACUUGAACUUUGUGUUUUCCUUACCCCUACAUCUUCUCUUGGUGUGUUUUAUGAACUGCAGGAAUAACAGAAUUUAUAUUCCAAGCAGUCUCGAGCUGAAAACACACUGGUUACUACAGGUGUUUUGUUUUUGUUUUUGUUUUAAAAAAACCAAAGCUUCAAAGAAUAGGUCAACAUUGAUCCAAAGGUAGGGGUUUUUGGAAGGCUUUAAUUUUGUUUUCUUGUCAGGUUCUCAAUCUGUCAAAGAUGCAUUGCAAACUGUUUUAUGUUUUGACUUUGGUAGUAGCUGACUGGAGGGUGAUGUGGAAAACACUGAAAAAAGGUUUUCUUUUUAAAAAACAAACAAACUUGUACUAUUUAUUUUGAUUUUUUUAAAAUAGGGAAGCCUUAAUGAUUCCCUCUGAAGUUGUUAUAGCAAGUUGUAAUUCCAUCAUUAAAGCUGAAGUUGACACCGAUA